AACAUGGCGGCCUCUGUUUCACCGCUACGCUCCUCCUUCAGGAUUUGUAGCCCGUUAACGUUACACCAUCACUGCUGCCGGGCCAAACUGCGAAUGCACCGAAAAUGUGAAAGUCAGAGGAGACAUCUUCAGCAGUCGGCGACGAGGCAUGCCGCUGUGGUGAUUUCAGGGACAGAGUUGGCUCGUCAGCUCCACAGAGAAAUCCAGCGUGAUGUGGAAGAGCUGGUAGCUGAGGGCAACAUGAGACCCCACCUUGGAGUGGUGUUAGUGGGGGACGACCCAGCCAGUCGUACCUAUGUUAAGAACAAGACCCGGGCAGCCAGCAUCCUGGGUAUUUCCAGUGACACUGUGGUGCGGCCUAGCUCGGUGUCCCAGGAGGAGUUGCUGGAGCUGAUUGACAAGAUGAACCGUGACUGGAGGGUCAGCGGCCUGUUGGUGCAACUGCCACUUCCUGAGCACAUCAAUGAGCGAGCAGUAUGUAAUGCCAUCGCUCCAGAGAAGGAUGUGGACGGCUUCCAUAUUGUGAAUAUAGGUAAAUUGUGUCUGGACCAGAGAUCCAUGGUGCCUGCCACACCUGCAGCUGUCUGGGAGAUCAUCAAAAGAGCAGGUAUUGAGACGGUGGGGAAGAAUGUGCUGGUUGCUGGUCGCUCCAAAAAUGUUGGGAUGCCUAUCGCAAUGUUGCUGCACACUGAUCGCAAGCAUGAACGCCCCGGGGGUGAUGCCACGGUGACUAUCGCCCACAGAUGUACACCCAAGGAACAGCUGAAGGAGCUAACCAGUCUGGCUGACAUCAUUAUUGCAGCUGCAGGUGUUCCCGGGCUGAUCACAGCAGAUAUGGUGAAGGAGGGCGCAGCAGUCAUCGACGUCGGCAUAAACCGCAUCCAGGACCCGAACACGGGGAAACUCCGGCUCAUCGGUGACGUGGACUUUGAGGGGGUGAAGGAGAAGGCAGGUUUCAUCACACCUGUUCCCGGAGGCGUGGGUCCGAUGACAGUCGCAAUGCUAAUGAAGAACACUGUGACCGCUGCCAGAAACGCACUGAUGCAUUAAACAUGCACAUUCCAUGUAAUGAAUGAUACAAAACAAACAGUAUACACACACACACACACACACACACACACACACACACACACACACACACACACACACACACACACACACACACACACUCACACGCACAUGCACAGAAUCAGUUCAUUUAGGUUUACACACACUUUACCAAACAUCAAAUACACUUUUAUUUAAAAAUCCAUAAGCUCGAGACUCAAUACCUGCUGGGAAAUUUACUUGAUAUGUACUUUAUUUAUAUUUUGAAUUUGUUAAUUUAUUUCAGUGAUUUAUUUCAGAGUUCACUUUUUAAGAAUUUAGAUUAAUAUUUUUUCUACUGAAGUUGUUUUGGUUCAUUUUUGAACAUUCCAGAUUCACUGGAAAAGGAAUAUUAAAUGAAAACAAUGCUGUGCCAGUA